UGACAUUUCUUAUUGGACCUCAGUAUGCUGAGGUAUCCACCAGAUCGAUCUUGCGAACAUGAUUGACUAACAGGUUAAUCAUGCUUCAUAACACUUCAUCCCCACUAUCUUUCACAAAAGCUUACCCAGACUCCCUUCAUACUACCAAAAUGCUCUGUAAAUUGUGUGAUAGCUUGAAUGCUACCGACCUACUUAAGCUAGCCAAAGCCGAUAGUGAUGACAGAUCUGGUCCCAGCUUCCACUUCUCUCUUGAGCACCACAAAAAGUACGAUGAUCUCGUUGCAGCAGCCUCAUUUGGAUGUGAGCUUUGCCUACUUCUUUAGCAACAGUGUGAAGAAGAACAAAUCGGAACAUUCGCGUGAGAUGGUGCAUUUACACGGGAACAAAAAUUCCGAACUAUGGAGGCGGAGGGUAGAUAUAUGGAUUUGAGAGUAGGAAUUGCGGCUUCACAUCUAAGUUCCCUAGAAAAGUUUGAAGAUGGGAAGAUGUUCAAUUGGUUGAUAUCACACCUUGGGACGUCUGAGCGGACGGAGACUAUACAUGUGACGAUCAAACUUUAAUAAUUUAUUAUUUGCAGACACCUAGAGGUGUUGCUGGUCUUCAAUAUGUAACGCUGUUGAACAUGAUUCAUCGUACUGUGACUAACUAUUGAUAUGCAAUAGAUCAGCUCAAAUCUUUCGAGGGUGCUCAAAUAGGUCAGUUUAUUCUUGAUGGAAAUUUGGCGCCCGAGACGAAUUUUGAUAUUGCUCGAGGUUGGAUGAAUACUUGUAUUUCGGAACAUUCUAAAUCGAAAUGUCCUUCUCUUGACGACAAACGCCUACCCUCUAAAGUCAUUAGUGUUGGUGCGAAAGAUACGGAUCCAUUUCUUAUUCUAACAAAUGGCGGUGAAGGGUAAAUAUAUCACGCUGAGCCACUGUUGGGGAGGACAAAUCGAUACUAUUUUGAUAACAUCGAACCUGCAAUCCUUCCAGAGCAAGAUCGAAAUGUCAAGCUUACCGGCAAACUUCAGAGACGCCGUUCUGAUCACACGAGCGCUUGGAAUUGAGUUUUCUGUGGAUUGGCUCAUUAUGUAUCAUUCAAGACUCCAAGUAUGAUUGGGAAGUCAAAUCGAAAAAGAUGGGAGAUGUUUAUCGAAAUUGCGUCUUAACUAUCGCAGCAGCAGCAUCACAUAAAGCGGCCGACGGAAUUCUUCACAAUACCACUCAGCGACGCCGGGGCACAAGGCCCAAACUCAAAUUAUCGAAAGACAGUGGACCAGACGACGUUGUGGAAAUUGUCGGUGCUAACUGGGAGCAAGAAGAUCUCCGUAGUCUGGUUUCCUCUGGACCUCUACAAUCACGAGCUUGGACGUUGCAAGAAAAGAUAUUCUCGCCUCGAACAUUGUGGUAUGGCCAUAGACAAAUUUAUUGGCAAUGCUUACGUGGCUAUCAAUCUGCGGAGGGCAAUCCAUCAUCCAAUAUUAGAUUUACGGGCUCCGGGUUCGACUACUCUACUAUGACGCAAAAAAUCAUUCACUCCAAGUCAUACAGUUACGAGUCUCCCAAUAUCUCCAAAAUUGAACUAUCAGAUAUUAAUUCCGAGUAUCAAACCAUGAUACAAGACUACUGCAGUCGAAAUCUAAGUUACCGUGGUGAUAAGCUCCCAGCAUUUUCUAGCAUCGCUGCACUAAUCCAUCAAACAAUUGGUGGGCAUUACCUAGCCGGUGUCUGGAGUGAAUUUUUCUGAGAAAACUUACUAUGGUACAAAGAAGGUCGCAAAGCAUCCCAUACAAAACCAUAAAGAGCACCAUCAUGGUCCUGGGCCGUCACCGAUGAUCGAGUAAGCCUAGGCACUUUGAUUGAAUGCACACCUACACCUUAUGACUCCGUCCUCAUAUCACAUCACGUCGAGCUUUCUGGCGAGAACCCUUAUAGUUUUGUCAAAUACGCCCAUAUGAUUGUGGAUGCGCUGACAGCAAAGCUAUUUUCCACAGAUCGAAAUCAAACUUAUGUCUAUGGAACAAAUCUUGGUCCCAUACUAUGGGAUGAGGAUGAAGAUCCUUGUUCUUUGGUUUCACUAUUACUUCCUGAGGAGGACGAAAACAGGAUUCAAAACACGCCGUAUAUGUUACCUAUAAAAGAUGAACCUUACAAUCCCGCUGCGCGAAUCGACGUUUAUGAUUAUAACUGGGAUAAAACUGAUUCGUCGUGUAUCUCGCCUCUGAAAUAUAAGCUAAUGUUUAUUGGGAUCAAGAACAAACAAACAAAGUAUAUGGUCCCUCUAGAUGAGUGUUUAGUUUUGCAGGAGGAUCCGGAGAAUGCGAAAAUCUGUAGCCGUGGGGGAUACUUCAGCCUGGUCAUGGAUAUGACUUUUCUACACGAGAUAUUUGGUUCCAAGGAUGAGGAUACAUGGCUGACUUCAGAUAUGUGGACGAGAGAUACUUUAAAGUUGAUUUGAUCUAUAUUCUGAUGGAGUGACAGGAAAUGAGCAGAUGGACCAGAACGUGGUUAAACAGGUUAUGAAAGCUGUUGCCCGGAAAGUUGCAGAAAUUCAGGAUAUGUAUGAAGCCAUUGAACACGAUAUUGCACUAGCAACCGUAGGGUAGUUGUGACCAAUUUGUACA